CGAAUGAAAAUGUGGGUCAUGAAUUUGGGAAAACCUGUCAAUAUUCCCAAGCUGAAUGAAGCCAUGGCUAUAGAGUUGGGCGCCAGUCUAUUGGGUGAGUUCAUUAUCUUUAGCAUCGCUGCUGGACUGUUACUUGCUGAGUACAGCAGACAAGUUCGUAAAGAGACAGCUAAGGAAGCAGCCCGUCAGGAAGAACUCAGCAACAUCCAAUAUACUAUCCAAGAGUUGUACUUUCAAGCGGAGAGGCAGGAUACUCAGAUUCGAGAGCUCUUGAGAACAGUAUCUGACCUAGAGAGCCGAGUGGUAAAGGUGCCUUGGAAAGGUAAACCUUCAGACGACACUACUCCGUCUGUAGGCCUACCUCACCCUGACACAAGGCCAGGGGUUGAUUCCAUUCACGACAUCAGGUAUUAUCACAGAGAGGGAUUUGGAACACCUUCAAAAACAUCGUACUGGUGGCCUGAAAGCCAUGGGCUUGUAUUUACAGCAGUAGCUUAUCUAUCAAAAGAUGUGUUCAGAGAAUCUAGUCAUUACAGUGUAGAUGAUAUGUAAAAGUUUAAUUCAAUGUAUAAUUCCCCAUCAUCAAUCAGAUGACUUGUGGAGAAAUGUUGAUUUUAAAUAAUAGAGUAUUUAGAUUUUGCUUAAAUGCUUAGUAGUCUAUGAUUUGGACAAACACAUUCACUUCAAAUGUCUUUGGAUUAGAACUGUUCUACUGCAUUUAAAAAUAAUAAUUUGUUUGCAAUAGUUCAAAAUAACAUUAUAUAUUGAUAGUAUUUAAAUUGCAUGCCAAUAUACAUAUAUGUUUGUUGGUUUUAGUAUUCAUUUGAUUUCUUCAAUGUACCAAGUAACCAUUGUAAUUUCAUGUAUUGUCGUAUAUGUAAAAUCUUUAAUUUAGCAAUAUUAAAUAACUAGGUAUAUUAUAUCACUCUCCUGAAAAAAUUUGUCAAAUCACCAACAAUCUAUUUCUUUGUGUACUCGUUCAGAUGUUGACAACAAAAACUCUUUGUAAUUUCAAUCAUGCCAUACCUCUUCAAAAGUCUAUGAAGACUUACGGACGGUGAACUGAGUUGUACUUUUCUUUUGUAACUUAAAUAUAGGUGCUUGUGUACAAUUUAAAAAAGAAACCUUAGAAGCUACUUAGCCUACUUUUUGUCAGUAAUAUCUUUGGACAUGUUGACAGAGUUUUUGCUAAAUAUUGUUUUAAUGUUAAAUUAGGUACUGUAAUGUAAUUUUUUAAAACAUCAACCAAAUAUCAGUUAGGCCUAUCACCUGAAAUAAAUAGGAAAUAUAUGUUAGUAUGAUGCAAUUUUGCAAUGGAUUCAACAUUAGUACUGUGAUGGGGAGAUCAUUUUAUUAAAUGUCAUUAGUUGUACAGAGUUAUGUAAUGCGA